UUUUGCUGGCUGCUCCACACGCUGAUAGUUGGAUGGCGGCACCAAGUAGAAGCCGCCGAGACAGUCGUUGGUGGGCUGCUCAGUAAGUGACAAGGCAAUUAGAGUGUGUAAAUAUCAAUCAAAAGAAGAUGCGGCCGAUACGUUAUUAUUAUGAUCUGAUGUCGCAGCCGUCGCGUGCGCUCUUCAUAAUCUUUCGGCUGAGCGGACUGCAGUUCGAGGACUGCGCAGUGGCGCUGCGCAACGGUGAACAUUUGACCGAUGAGUUCAAGCAGAAGAUCAAUCGCUUUCAGCGCGUGCCCUGCAUUGAAGACAAUGGCUACAAGCUGGCCGAGAGCGUUGCUAUCCUACGCUAUCUAAGUGCCAAGGGCAAAAUCCCAGAGCAGCUGUAUCCCAAGUACUUUGUGGAGCAGGCGCGUGUGGAUGAGUUUCUCGAGUGGCAGCACAUUACGUUGCGCAUUACUUGCGCGCUCUACUUUCGCCAGAUUUGGCUGGAGCCGCUGCUGACUGGGAAAACGCCGUCGCAGCAAAAGAUUGAAACACUGCGUCAGCAUAUGGAGGGCAAUUUGGAUAUCAUUGAGCAGGUUUGGCUGGCCAAGAGUGAGUUUCUGACUGGCUCACAUUUAACUGCAGCGGAUAUAUUCGCCGCCUGUGAAAUCGAACAGACACGCAUGGCUGACUACGAUGUGCGCAUCAAGUACCCCAAGGUGCGCGCCUGGCUGAAGCGCGUGCGGCAGAGCUGCAAUCCGCACUAUGAUGUGGCGCAUAAGUUUGUGUACAAAAUAUCGGGCACAGGACCACAGGCCAAGCUUUAAACAUCUGCAGUUUAUUUGUUCAUACAUAUAGAGUACAGUAUGCGCCAUUGUUAAUAUGUUUUUUAAAUUUAAGUUACAGCUAAUCAUAGACUGAACAACAACAAAAAUUACACAAAAAUAAAGC